ACUCUUUAACUUACCUUACUAGCUGACUCAGGCUGGCUGUUUCAAUCCCAUUGUGGACAUUUUUUCCUUUUGGCUCAUAUUUAUUUUUACUCUGUCUCUAUAAGAUAUGGGGAGCUCCCUUGGUUGUGUGAAACAACCCAGGGAAGCUGGACCAGGUGGUGCUGCACCACUAUCACCCAAAAGAAAACUUCGCUUUAGACGAAAACGAAAGGCCAAACAGAAGUUAAAAGGUGCCAAAGGGGAGUACAAGAGAAGCCUUGAAGAGAAGGACAGUGGAAGUGUUAAGUUUACAGAGGAGUCUACGACAAGAGCCCCUGAUUCAAGCAAAUUGGUAUCAGGACAAAUAACUACUGGAACUGAUACACCCACCAGUGUUGUCCUUGUUCCUGGUAUGGCCCCAAUUUUUGGAAGCACAGGGACAUUGCGUGGCAGCAAGAUGGCUAUUCUUUCCCCAGAUCCUAGUCCAGCCUGGCUGGGGGCACUUCGCCAGUUUGAGGUAGAGGGACUCUGUGAAGAGCCUCAAGCUGAAUUAGAGCAAGGCAAUACAACACCUGGAGGAGGAAGAGUCUGUAAAGUUAGAGGGCGAGUUCAGGGGGUGUUAGAGAGACCCUGUGUUUUACACUCUGAACAUGGUGACCUGGAAGUAGAGAAGGAAGGAGGGGAUGUGCAUGGGCAGAGUGAACUGAUGUUCAGUGGGCCCUCAGAAACUGAGAAGAAGGGUGUUGUUCACAUUCGUGAGUUUGAAGGGCAACUUUGUGUGGUCCGAACUGUCUAUCCAAGGGACUAUGGGUCGCCUGUCUGGCGUGACAAAGAACUUGUGGUCCAUUCUGGACCUCCAGCUGCAUCUCCUGUUACUGGAGGCACUGUGAGAAUACAAGUGUCCACAACUCAAGGGCGACCACCCGGAAAGAGCAGCUCUGCCAAACCAGCAACAGCUGCAGCUCAGGAAAAAAAAGGGAAAGAGUUCCUUUUGGACAACUCUGCUCCAGUAGCUGAAGGUUUUGGCCUCCCACCACAAGACCUUCAAUCUUCAGGUUAUGUUAGCGAUGCACCUUUCACCUCACCUGAGACAGGAGGUGCUGUUCAGACUGAUUGGGGGAGUUCUUCUGAUGUGCUUGAUUCUUCUGUGCUUGAGAGUCCCAUCUCCCCUCAAGAGAUACCGGCUCAGCCCUCCACCCAGAUUUCUGAGAUCUAUGUGAGCGGUGAGUCAGGUGACCUUACUGCGAAAGAGAAGCUGCUACUAUGGAGUCAGCAGGCCACAGAUGGCUAUCGUGGUCUCCGUUGUGCAAAUUUCUCCUCCAGCUGGAGCGAUGGACGCUUGUUCAAUGCUCUUCUGCACAGAUACAGGCCGGACCUGAUUGACUUGGAAGUGGUUGCGCAACAGAGUAACCGUGAGAACCUGGAACAGGCCUUUGAGAUUGCAGAGUCGUUAGGGGUAACACGACUUCUAGAUGCUGAAGAUGUUGAUGUGCCGUUGCCAGAUGAGAAAUCUGUUAUCACGUAUGUCUCCUCCAUCUACGAUGCUUUCCCCAAGAUCCCAGAGGGUGGAGAAGGCAUUGCAGCUAAUGAGGUUGACCAGCGAUGGACUGAAUACCAAUCUGGCUUCUCUUCUCUGCUGCAGUGGACCAGACAACAUACAGCCCUCAUGACCAACAGGAGCUUCCCCCACAAUCCUGUGGAACUCAAGGCACUUUACAAUGAAUAUGUCCACUUCAAAGAAACCGAGAUCCCUGCAAAAGAAAGAAAGAAGAGCCACAUUGAGCACCUUUACAAGCUUCUGGAGGCGUGGAUAGAGUUUGGGCGCAUUAAGCUGCCUCAAGGGCUACACCCUAAUGAUCUGGAGGAGGAAUGGGGAAAACUGAUCCUGGAGAUGUUGGAGAGAGAGAAAGCACUGAGGCCUGCUGUGGAGAGGUUGGAGAUACUCCUACAGAAGGCCAAUAAGAUCCAGAACAUGGCUCUAGAUUGUGAGGAGAAACUCACAUUGGCGAAGAACACUUUGCAGGCUGACAUGUCUCAGCUAGAGAGUGGGCGGCCCAUUCGGUGUGAGAAUGAAUUGGGGAUGUAUCUGCAGGACUGUGAGGCUUUAGUCAGACAGCUUCACCUUGACCUGCAGGCCCUCAGAGAUGAGAAGUACUACCAAGUGGAGCAGCUGGCAUUCAAGGUGUCAUGUCUGCAGGAGGAGCUGGUCUCUUUGCGCCUGCAGUGUGCCAGUGUGUACAGGAAGGGUCAUUUCGCCACAGGGGGUCUGCUGGGAGAGCACGCGGGUCAGAAGGGUUCUUCAGGGCGUCUGGCUACACAUGGAGCACAAACGCUUCUGGGAGCAGUGGGAGCUGUAGCAUCCCUGCUCAGACGGCCGAUGACUCGUUCAGACCUGGUAGCCAUGUCUUCCUCUGAGGAUGAAGGCAGUCUGCGCUUCAUCUACGAGGUGUUGGGGUGGGUGGAUGAGACGCAGGACCUGCUGGAGCGAGCUGAGUGGGGUUCUGAUCUACCCUCUGUAGAUCAGCACCUGCAAGACCAUCACAUCAUUCACACGGCAGUGGAAGAUCUUCUGAAUAGCCUCAAAGAGGCUCGAAACUAUGAGUCAAGGGUCUCGCCUAAUUUAAGUAGCAGUUACUCUGAGACUCUAUCCAAGCUGGAGAACCAGUAUUGCAAACUGCUGGAACAUUCGUCAUGGCGACUGCGUUGCCUAGAGAGCCUUCGAACUUUUGUGUCCCACUGCACUGAGGAGCUGAUCUGGCUCAAUGAGAGGGAGGAGGAGGAGCUGGCCUUCGACUGGAGCGACAGCAACACCAACAUGGCUGCCAAAAGAGAGCAAUAUUCUGACACGAGGUCAGAGCUGGAGGAAAAACAGGAAGUGAUGCACUCUCUCCAGGAGACAGCUGACCACCUGUGUCAAGAGAACCACCCAGCCAAACAAACAGUAGAGGCCUACAGUGCUGCCCUGCAGACACAGUGGCAGUGGAUCAAAGAGCUCUGCAUAUGUGUGGAGCAGCAUCUCAAGAACAACACUACCUACUUCCAGUUUAUGAGUGAUGCACGGGACUGUGAAAGCUAUCUACGUCAGUUACAAGACACCAUUAAGAGACAGUACACCUGUGAUAAAAACAGCAGACUAGGGAGAUUGGAAGACCUGCUGCAGGACUCCAUGGAGGAGAAAGAACAAUUGAUUGAAUACCGCAGUACAGUGGCCAGCCUUGUAGGCCGAGCCAAGUCUGUAGUCCAGCUCCGUCCACGCAGUGCAGAUAGUAACCUGGGCACCACCGCACCCGUUCGUGCCAUCUGUGACUACCGACAAAUAGAGAUCACGAUCACCAAAGGAGAGGAGUGUGUACUGGAGGAUAACUCUCAGAGGACUAAGUGGAAGGUCAUCAGUCCUACUGGAAAUGAGGCCAUGGUGCCAUCUGUGUGUUUCACCAUUCCGGCCCCUAAUCAGGAAGCCAUCGACACUGCCAGCAGAAUGGAGCAGAUGUACCAGAAUGUCAUGUCUCUGUGGCACCAGCUGCAUGUCAACAUGAAGAGCGUGGUCUCCUGGCACUACCUGCAGAAAGACAUACGAAAUAUUUCCUCCUGGAGUCUGGACACAAUGCGCUUGCAGGCUCCAGAAGAGAGACAGCAUGCUUUAGACAACCUUAACGCCCACUUGUCCGAUUUCCUUACGGACAGUCACGAGAGCUCCCUUUUCACGCCAACUGAACGCUGUGAGCUAGAGAGAGAAACUGAGAACUGCCGUGAACGUUGCCAAACACUGCAGGUCUCUUUGGAGACAGUGGAGAAGGAUGAGUUGGCCUCUCGUGCUUACCUCUCAGAGCUGAAGAGCAUCAGGUCCCAUCUGGAGGAUGCAGAGAGCAGACUGAUGUGUGGCAUACAGACUCCACACCCCAGCACAAUAUCAGGAGACGUUGCAGACAAUGCAGUUCACAUAGCAGAGCAAAAGAAACUUCAGCAGGAUCUGAAAGGACUUCAGUCAGAUUUGGGUGAGGUGUCACGUCGCUGUGUGAACUUCUUUGAGGAGAAGCCUUCCUCUUCUAGUGUGCCUGUCCUACGCUCUGAGCUCAACCUGGCCGUUGAGCACAUAGAGAAACUCAACUCCCUCUCCUCUGUUUAUCUGCAAAAAUUGAAGACGGUUGAUGUAUUGACGAGAAGCCUGCAGGCUGCAGAAAGUCAGGUGAGAAAGUAUGAGAGUCGACUGAGUGAAGAGGAUAUGGUGCCCGCUGAUACUGCUGCAAUCCAGGCCUUGAGAGAGCAAUUAAAGAAAUGGCAUUCAGAGCUGGAGGAGCAGGAUCACAUAUUCAAGAGUCUGAGUUUAGAGGUCCAGCAGGCUAGAGAGGUCAGAAACCAGCUCAACAAACUGCACCCUGACCGCAGUCCUGAACUGGACCGCUACCAGGAGAAAGCACAACAGCUUACAGAGAGGUGGAGCGGAGUGGGCAGGCAAAUGGAGACACGGCAAGCAGAUCUGGAGAUGCUGGGUUCAGUGCUGCAGCAGUACAGAGAAGGCCACACUUCUCUUAUCCACUGGAUAGAGGACACCACCAAAAAACAGGAGAACACGCAACCAGAGCAGACGGACAGCAGAGCUUUGUCAGAACAGCUCGCACAGCAAACAGCAUUGGUGGCUGAGAUAGAACAGAACCAGGUCAAACUGGAUGAAUGCCAGACGUACUCUAAACAGUACUGCGCUGCUGUUAAGGACUAUGAACUCCAACUCAUGACGUUCAGAGCUUUUGUUGAAUCAACCCAGAAGUCCCCUGUGAAAAGGAGGAGAAUGCACUCUUCAUCAGAUGUCAUCACACAGGAGUUUAUGGAUUUACGCACACGCUACACAGCUCUGGUUACCUUGACAACACAACAUGUCAAGUAUAUAAGUGAUGCACUACGGCGAUUAGAGGAGGAAGAGAAAGAGGUGGAAGAGGAGAGGCAGGCACGAGUGGGGCAGGUCUCAGAGCUGCUCGGCUGGGUCAAGGGCCUACAGGAGCGCGCUGGCAGAUCUGCUGAACCAUCACUUGCUGCACAGCAGGCUAUUAGUGAGCAGUUAGCAGCUAAAAAAGAAGAAGUUGCUGAAGCUAUCAGGAGCACUCAAGUUUUCCUGAUGUCAAAACGGGCCAGCAAGCUGUCUCCUGAAGAGCGCGCACAGGUGGUUUCCCAGCUGGAUGAGCUGACGGCCACCUACAAUCAACUGUGUGACAGUUCUGCCGCACAGUUACAACAUCUAGAGGAGCAGCACGCAAAAGAGAAGAAGCUCAAGGGCCAGGAAGUAAUCACUGGAGUUAUUGACCUCGGCACCAUGGAAACCUUUCCAGUUUUCCAGGCAGCACAGCGUGGUCUCAUAGAUCAAGACACCUGUCAUGUACUGUUGGAGGCACAGGUCGUCAUGGGUGGUCUAUUGCAGUAUGACUCCCCUGAUAAACUGUCAUUAAAUAAGGGUCUUUCCAGUGGUUUGAUUGAUAAACAUACUUACCAAUCACUGGAAGAGUUAGAGACUGCCCUUUGUCUUGUCAAAACAGUAAAAUUGGCAGAGGGUCAGGAAUUACCAGUCACCACUGCUAUGAGACAAGGUGUCAUAAAGGAGCUGGUGGGUGUACGUAUACUUGAGCUGCAAAUAAGCACUGGUAGCCUAAAGUUUGGUUCCAAUGGAGAAAUGGUUAGCCUGGAUAAUGCAAGGGAGAAGGGAUUGUUAUCCCCUGAUCUUUGUCAAAAGCUUCAAUCCUGUCUUCACCGGCGAGAACUUAUUGAUCCAAAUACAGCAGAAAAACUAAGUCUGGUUGACUUUCAACAGCGUUGUGUUGUCAAUCAAGAGACAGGUCUGCGCUUCUUUCCAGUUAAACAGAAGCCAGGAGGAACUGUCUGCUUAUGCUCUGGCAGAAAGGUGGGAAUAUUCUGUGCUGUUCAAGAGGGGCUUAUUGACCGACAUGUCACAGUUCGACUUCUGGAGGCUCAGUUGUUUUCUGGAGGUAUCACAGACCCCCGCUCGGGACACAGAUUGACUGUUAAUGAGGCUGUUCGGCAUGGCAUAAUUGAUCAGGACUUGGCCUGCUCCCUCAUGACACGACAGCUACAAGCAGGAGGAAUAAUAGAUCCAGUCAGUGGGGAGCGUCUAGAGUUGGAUGAGGCCAUAAAAAGAGACCUUCUCUCUCCUCACAUAGCCUUACAUGCACUGGAAUCUCUCCAGUCUUUCAUGGCAAUAAUGUUACCAGAAUCAGGGGAGUUGUUUCCUGUAAGUGAGGCACUUAAAGAGGGUGUUGUCAAUAGAGAGCUUGCUGCAAAAGCCCUGAGAAAACGUGAUUCUGUUGGUGCAGUAUAUCUGCCUGAGAGGGGACAGGUGGUUCCUCUAAAUCAAGCCCAUAAGAUAAUUAAGCCACAGGCAGUGGAGAUCCUAAAACAGAUCCAGGUUCCAGAUGUCCUUCCCAGUGUGAAUCAGUCAAGUUCCUCAUAUAUGAAGCGACUGAGUUCUAGAUCUGCCAAUUCUUCAUCACCCCCUGCCUCACAUGCAGGUGUCAAUUAUGACUUUCCCAUCACAGAGGAAGGUAGGUCAGAAGAACAGGUUCAAUACCGCCUUCUCACUCAAGUGAUGAAACACAGCUACAUUGAUGCUCACUCAGGAGAACGCCUAGUGCUACUAGAACCAGAACUGGUAGAACUAAUAUGUGAAAAUGUUAAAACCAAAAACCUUGUCAGACCAGUCCUACACAAAAGCUCUGAUAACAUUAGAGUUACACUGGACAGUGAAGCUAUUAGUGUGAUUGAAGAGGAAGAACAUGAAGAACCCAAAAUUAUACAAUAUGAAAUUUCCUGCAAGGACUCUUAUUUGGAAGAGACUAUAGAGAUGGCAGGGGAAGAUCUUGCACCCUUGAUGGUCACCAACAAAACCUUUAAAGAGCCUUUGCAUAAAGUAGAUUUACAAGAGAAAGUUCUGUCAUCAGAAGAGUAUGAACAACCCAAGAUAAAAGGUAAAAAUGCCUGCAAGAUCACUGAUAUAAGAGAGACAGUAGAAAGAAAAGAACAAGAUCUUGCAUCAUUGACAGAAACAAACUUAACGUUUAUAGAGCUUUCAAAUGAAGAGAUUCAAGAAGAGGUUUUGUUUGACUGGAAAAACACUGACAUGAGUAAGACAAUAGAAGGAGCAGUGGAAGAUCUUGCAUGUUUGACAGGCACAGACAGAACUUUUAUAGAGCCUUCACAUGCAGAGGUUUGGCAUGAGAAUGUUCUAUUAUCAAGAGAAUUUGAAGAACCGAAGAUUAAAAAAGAUGAAAUUGUAAGCAAUACUGAUGCGGGUGAGUCUAUUGAACUAGCAGAGAAAGAUCUUCCACACUUGGCAAGUAAAGACAGACCCUUUAUAGUGCCUUCACAUAAAGAGGACUGGCAAGAGAAAGUUCUGUCACCAGGAGGACAUGAAAAACCCAAGGUUUUAAAGGGUAAAAUUGCCUGGACAAACUCUGAUGUAAGUGAGACAGUAGAAAGUUUAGACAAAGAUUUUGCACCCUUGACAGGCACAGCCAGAGCUUUUAUAGUGCCUUUACAUAAAGAGAACUUACAAGAGGAAGUUCUAUCAUCAGGACAAUAUAAAGAACCCAAGAGUAAAAAAUAUGAAAUUGCCAGCAAGAUGACUAACAUAGGUGAGACACAAGAUGUUGCAGGUUUAACUGACUCAGAAAUAGCCUUUAUAGAGCCUUCACAUGAAGUUGUUUGCCAAGACAAAGUUCUGUCAUCAGGAGAAUGUGAAGGACCCAUUAUUAUAAAAGGUGAAAUUGCCUGGAGGAACAUUGGUAUGGGUGAGAUGAUAGAAAAAGCUGAGAAAGAUUGUGCCCCCUUGACAGGCACAGACAGAGCUUUUAUAGAGCCUUUAAAUAAAGCAAAUUUACAACAGAAAGUUCUUUCAUCAGGACAAUAUAAAGAACCCAGUAUUAAAAAAGAUGAAACUUUUAGCAAUAAGACUAACAUCGGUGAGACACUAGAAAGACCAGAGGAGGAUGUUGCAGCUUUAACAAGCUCAGAAAUAACAAUUUUUGAGCCUACACAUGAAAUUGUUUGGCAAGAGGGAGUUCUGUCAUCAGGAGAAUGUGAUGAAUCUACAAUUUUAAAAGGUAAAAUUGCCUGGAGGUAUGCUGAUGUGAGAGAGACAAUAGACAGAGCAGAAGGAGAUCUUGCUCCCUUGACAGGGACAGAAGGAACUUUAAUGGAGCCUUCACAUGAGGUUUGGCAAGAGGAACUUAUGUCAGGAGAAUGUGAUGAACAUGAGAUUAAAAAACAUGAAAUUGACAGGAAGGACACAAAAAUGGGUGAGACCAUAGAAAGAGCAGAGGAAGUGUUUCCACUCUUGACAGCCACAGUAAAAGCCUUUAUAGAGCCUUCACAAGAAGAGUACUGGCAAAAUAAUGUUCUGUCAUCAGGGCAAUAUGAAGAGCCCAAGAUUAAUGUAAAUAAAACUGCCAACAUGAAGACUGAUCUGGGUGAGACUAUAGAAAGGACAGAGGAAUAUUUUGCACCCUCGACAUGGAUAGACCUAAAUUUAACAGUGCCUUUUCACACAAGUUCAACCCUGCUGAAGACUGUGUCAGAUAAUGGGGCGCCCUCUCCGAAUCAAAUUAUAGAUUCAACAUUAAAUGAAUCUAAAAAUAAGCAAACACUUGUCUUGGAACAAACAGAUAGUAGUGGGGUAUUUUUAGGGAUAAUGGAACAAAAUAUGUUUGACAUGAGUGAAAGCAGUGCACAUACUUCUCUAAAAGAUACUGUAAACGUAGGACAGUAUGAUCAGCUGAAUGUCAAACCAGAUGAAGCCCUGGCUGCAAAACACCCAGAGGAAGUAAAGAAAAUGGUUGAACACAAGGAAAAUAAAAUAAUAUUUUAUCAGCCUGGUAAAGAUAAGAAAUUAUUCCCUUCAGAAAGGAAGACUUUGUCAGUAGAACUAAGUGAUGAUGAUGAUUUGAAGAUUGGGAGUAUGGCAAUGGAUCUGCAACAAGGGGGUCUUGUAACUGUAGGUGGCCACAAAGUUCUCUUGGAUGAAGCUCUGGCACAGGGUUUGCUUCCAGGGCACACUGUUAUUAAGCUUAUGGAAAAAGCUGGACUCUUUGGUGGUUUUCUGGAUAUUAAAGCCUGUAAGUCACUUAGUGUUGAGGAUGUGAUACAAAAAGGCAUGUUGGAUGAGGACUUGAUAGCCCGUGUUCUUCAUUCAGAAAAGAUAUUAGCCGGUGUGAUUGAUGUGGAGCAUGGACGGCUCUGCUCAGUAAAGGAAGCUGCUGAGGCAGGCCUGUUGGACUCUGAUACCUCUGCUCGACUUCUUGAAGCCCAGGUUGUGUCAGGGGGAAUAGUUGACCUACAAAGGGACAAGAACGUAUCAGUUACCCUUGCAGCCAACCUUGGGUUGAUUGAAGAAUGUAAGAAAGAAAAGCUGCUUUCACUGGAAAAGUCAUGCAGAAGAAAAUGUUCAGAUCAAAAUGCAGUGCAAAACAAGUUGGCACUACAGUUACAGAUGAAAGGAGUGGUGGACCCAAAAACCAAAAAACCUGUCCCACUGGAACAAGCCCUUCAAACUGGUUUAAUUGGACAGGGUGAGGCUCAGACGAUUCUAUGCCAGCAGGUUGCAGAAGGUGGCAUUGUGCAUCACGACUCUGGUGUUCGCCUUACUGUCGUGGAUGCACUAAACCUGGGUCUCAUAGAUCACACAGUCGCUCCAAAGUUGAUGGAUCUGGAGAAGGCUUUCAAAGGCCAAGAGCCAUGUAGAUUGGAUCAAGACACUUCAUUUCUUCAGGCCUCUACAGGUUCUAUUUAUGACAAUGCAUCAAAAAGCAGGAUUACUCUGAGUGAAGCUGUUUCUAAAGGGCUUCUAGAUGAUGAAACGGCAAAUAAAGCUAUGGCCUCACCCAAUGUGAAGAGCGGAUUGUUGGACCCUCAUAAAGCUUGUGUUGUGUCCUACUCUGAGCUGUUAAACCAGGGUAAAAUUGACAUUGAGACAGGGCAGAGAUUCCUUGAAGUGAGACCUUUCAGAGGUGUUCCACAUAAACAAACUAAUGAAAUGAUGACCUUACCACAGGCAAUUAAGGCAGGCCAAGUAGAUCCCAUACCAGCAGUGAGAGUAUUGCAGAGUCAAGCAGGUGCUGGGGGUAUCAUUAACAUUUAUAGUGGAGAGCGUUUGCUUCUUCCAGAGGCUUUAAAUAAAGGCUUAGUUGAUAAAGACAUGGCGAGAUGUAUUGCUACAAAUCAACUCUUGAAAGGGGGGUUGCUCAGUCCAACCAGUGGACAGAGGGUCUCCAGCAUUACUGAGGCAGUUGAAUAUGGACUUAUUUCUACAGAAAUGGCUGCGGAACUUCAACACAGCAUGGGCCUUGUAGAUGAAGAUGAGAGGAAAAGUUCCAAAAUACCAGCUUCCUCAAUGAAAGGACCAUCUAGUUCUUUAUUUCCUGAGAUGAUAUCAGAGAGAAUGACCCCUAAUAAAAUCCCUGAGCAACCUGAAGAGAUUACUGAUAUCAAAUCGCAAAAGGUGGAAGUUUCUACUCCCAUAUUAUUAGAAAGCAGUGAUAACAGCAAGGAACAAGUUCCAUCUACAGAGCAAACAAAAGGAGAGAGAGAGAUCCAAAGGCAGACAGUAAGUGAACUUGCAAUCUUUAAAGUCAGUUUAUCAGACACUGAUGAUGGCUUGCAAAACAAGGAACAAACCCUAUCUGUAGAGCAAAUAGAAGGGCAUAGUUUCAAGUUAGAAGCAGAUCAGUCAGUAUCCAAACCAGGGAAAAUCAAGGACAGCCAAGAGACUGGAUUUGAUCCUUAUGCUUCUACACCCACAAGGCCAGUUCAGGCAUCAGGAAAAAAGAAAGCCAGAGGGAAAAGUGUUAAGAAAGCUAAAAUGGAAAGUGAUGAUGUACAGACACAAGUUUCAGAAACCUUAACCAAAAUUUCACCUAUAGAAAAAGCAAAAGAUGAUGGACAAGGUGGCUUUACCAUUAGUCAAAAGCCUAUUAUGAAAGACGACAAAGAAAAUGUGAUUGAAGUACAGCUAUCAGAGAUAUCACAUGCAAGUGGUAUCCUUACAUCUGUGACAGGGAGUGAUGAGACUGUGCAAGGCAAAUAUUUGGAAAUAGGUGUGGACAGAACUCCUAAUGAAACUAAAACCUCCAAACAUGAGUCUGAUCAUGAAAGCAAUGAAUUACAGAAAGAGAAGACUCUAACACAGUGCAGUGUCACAACUUACUUGGCAAAAACUGACCAGGGUCAGGAGGCUAUUGAGGUCACUAAGGACCUCGCCACUGAUAUAUCAGAAAAGAAGAGAAAGAAGAAAAGUAAAAGUAAAAAAGUUAAGCAAGUGUCUAUUGUUGAAGCAGAAGGAGUAGAGAAAAGAGAUGAGACUGAAAAAGCACAAAAGACUGUGAUCCAUGUGGUCGAACCUCAAAGCAGUCAGUCAGAUGAGAAAGAAAGUAUGAAGCAACUUGAGAAAGCCAAUCAGGCAAUGGCACAAAAGGAAAUACUUUUGAUGAAAGUGAAGGAAAGCAUUCGUAGGAAGGUGUUUGAGCGCAGAGUAAGUGAAAAACAAGCUGCUGAAGAAUUAGAAGCGAUGCGUCAAGUAGCUAGUAAUGGAGAAUACCGCAUUACCACCCAAGAGGAAACUAUUGUAGAGAAGACAAGCAGUAAGCCUCCUCAAAGUAAGGAGGAGGACAGUAAACUACACCAGAUGGGGCAAGAAAUGAAUGAAUGGUCAGUGUCAAACAUUGCAGAGAAUCUUCUACCUGGGUCUGAUAGUGAUCCAAGCUCCUCAGCUAUAGUACAGCUGCAAAAACAGGAAGAAGAUCAGCAUGACAAACAUACAAACACUGGAUUAAGUGGAGAUUAUAUGGACCAUAAUAUUCCAUCUAUGAAAACCUCUGAUGACAUUGUGGACCUAAACCAAAAAGAACUGGUUCUAAUACAGAAUUUAGAAGGGGAAACCAGGGAAAGAACAGCAGAAGAACAAAGCAUUGAGCCAUUAUAUACAGAAGAAAUGUUGUUAGACCCUAUGAGUGAAUUGACCGUGUCAUCAAGCACUGCAUUGACUGACAGCCAUGAAAUGGCUAAAUCAAUACCCCUCAAAUGUGUCUUUGACAUCCCAGCAGUGAAGGACUCCAAAGCACUUCUAUCAAGUGAGGUGUGUACUGCUUUACAAAAUACCAAAACAGCAGUGAAAAAGUUAAGCAGUGAAGUUCAUCAAGAAAGAAUCGAGGAGCCCCCUUUCAGUGAUUAUGAAGGCACAGAUAAACCUUCUAUUCAACAAUGUAAAGUUUCUGGUCUACCCCAUAUGGAGGUGAUCCCAGAGUCUGAUACCAAACUGCAAAAAGAGGUGGAAGAAUAUGCAGAGGAUUUAGUGGAACCGCAGCCUGGAGAAGUUCAAAUGAAUAUUGAACAAAUAAGAAAAUACACCACAAAAGCUAGCAAGUCCGCACUGGCUCGCCAAGAGUGCUUAGAACAUGACCAACAGAUUGUGGCCUUGCUUUCUAUGGUGAGACACAUUGAGGUCUGCCUAAAGCAGCAGCAGCAACAGUCCAUUGGUCGAGGUCUUGCCGCAAUUGAUGACAUAAUCAAACAGAUAGAGAUGCUUUUUCUGGAAAUUAGUGACCUGGAACCAGAAGUGCACAAGGAGACUGAAGCAGCUACACAGCUGCUGGAGUCUUACCCUCAGGAUGUUCCACCUCAGCUGCUUACGGCCCUGGAAAAAGAUGGGCGAAGCUUAGCUCGGGCUUACAGUGCAGCCAGGGACCUCGCCCAGAAUACUUUGCAUGGGUUACGAGCACAACGUGAUGCACAAAACGAAGCUGUGAGAAGUCAGCUAAAAUCUGUACAAGAGAAUGUUGAUAAACUUCUUAUCUGGCUUAAGGAGACUGAGACACAAAUGCAGGAAGAAACAGGGGUACAUGGACAGACGGUGGCCGAGAUCACUCGAAAGCAACAGUUGUGCAAAAUUUUACAGAACUCUCUUGCUGCCCGAUCUAAUGAAGUCAGCAAUGUGGCGUUCAGUAUUCAGAUGUUUAUCUCUGAGCAUGCUCAGGACCUGUUGCCUGAUCAGAGCAGGCAUCUCCUUGAACAACUGGAGCAGCUACAGAGGGUCUUUCACCAGGCUGUUGGUCUCAAUCAUGCCAGGGCAGAGGCCCUAUCAGCCCAGCAGGCGAGAGAGAAUGAACAAAUGAGGAAAGAACAGAAAGAAAAAGAAGAGAAAAUGGAAAAAGAGAGACAAACUACAAGGGCUAGAGAGGUUGUGCAGCAGCAGAAGGCAGAAUGCAGUCAAAAACUGGAGAAUCUCACAAUGUGGUUGGCUGGUGUUGGCAGCCUGUUGGCCAAUCAGAGAGUUGGAACUGAGUCAGAUGAUGUGAACGAGUUACAGGAGAAGCAAAGAGAGCUUAAGGAGGUGGAGAAGGACCUUCAGACCAAAAGUGACUUGUUGACUAAGACUAUCCACUCAGUGGAGGAGUUCCUAUCUGAGCAUGGUGACAGUUUGAAUCCUGAAGAGAGGCUCAAACUACAGGGGACUCUUUCACAAUUGAAAGAGCAACACUGCUCACUUACAAACUCAGUCCGCUCUUCACUAGCGAAAGUAGACACUGCCAUUGUCACAACACUGCAACAGAACACACAAAGAGCUAAAGCAGAGGAGCAGAUGCAGGAGACACAGGAAAAAAUCGACACACUUCUCCGAGAACUGUCAUCACUAGAUGACUCAAAGAGGAGGUCACUUGGCAGCACUGUCCCUGACACCCCAUCAUCUGUACCACCGGAGAAUGCUCUAAGUUCUCACAGUGACAUGCUUCAGACUGAGCUGCAGCAGUUAAAAACUCAACAAGCUCACCUUCAGCAGGUGGCCCAGUCUGUCCACUCUCUCCUGGAACAACCCGACUCCAGUGUACCACCAGAGGAGAAACAGCGCUUACGGGCAAAACUAGAACAACUACAGAGUCAGCAUCAGGAGCGCCUUCAGAGCUGUCAGGACAGGCUGAGGCGGGCAGAAGCCCUCAGAGAGGAGUUUGCCAAGUUUGUGCAGGAGCAUGGGAACCUAGGGACAUGGCUGGAUCAGAGUGAACAAGAGCUACAUUCAUUAGGUGAAGGGGAAACUGAUGCAAAGGGCCUAAAAGAUAGGAUUGAGGAGCACAAAAAGCUUGCAGAAGAUGUCAUCUGCCACAAAGCAGAUCUGCGCUUUGUGACAAUCUCUGGGCAGAAGGUUCUGGAUUCUAUCCAGGGGGCCUUGGAGAAGGUGGGCAGUGUGGAUCCAGCUCUGGAGGAAACCAGACACCUAGUGAGUGGCAAGCUCCAAGAUGCCACACAGCGCUACGGUUUGUUACACAGUAAGUCCUCAGAGCUUGGCACCCGUCUCUCAGGGCUCCUGGAGCGAUACCAGCACUACCAAGAUGAGGCUGCUUCUUUAGGCUCCUGGCUGAGCACUCAGGAGCAAAAUCAGAGUGUAUUUAAACCCAGCGGUGAAACAACGGACACUCAGACAUUGCAGCAUACGCUCAGUACUGUACAGCUGUUGCAGGAUGAGUUGGCAGAGCGUUCGGUACAGCUUGAGAAGGUCAAGAGGGCAGGAAAACAGCUGGUCAGCACUCAAGAGUCCCCAACUCUCAAAAAUGCAGAUAUUAACAAUCUUACAGAUACUCUGGAGAAGCGCUUUGAAAUCCUGUCUAAUUCAGUGUCAAUGAGAGCCGAACAUCUUCAAACAGCUGUUGCUCAAUCAGUCAGCGUUCAGGAGAGGCUUAAAGCACUGCUGACUUGGUUAGAUGGACUACCUUUAUCACCUGGUACAGUCCAGGCCACCGCUCAAGCAGUUCAGGAUGCCCUGACACAAAAUCAGAAAAUGCGUCAGGAGCUGCUUUCAAGGCAGGGCAGCGUGGAUGCGACUCUGGACUCUGUGUCCAAGCUUCUGAAGUCUGCAGAUGCAUCGACAGCGUCUGGCCUUCAGGGGGCACUUCAGGACCUGAGUCAGCGCUACACAGCAGCCCAGGCCAAACAGGCUGAAAGAGAGACUGAGCUGCGAGGACUUUUGCCUAAGUUGGAGAGCUUUGAGCGCCAGAGUGCAGAUCUCCGCAGCUUUGUGCAGAAUCGAGAAAGGGCUCUUAGCCCAUUAGGCCAACCUGACUGCAGUGUGGAUGAACACAGACAGACCAUAGAGGAGGUGAAAUCAGAAAUUACCCAAGAGUCAAAUCAAUUAGAGUCAUUUGUCGAGCUUGGUUCAGACCUAAGCCAGUCUGGGAUCCUUGCCAAUGUACAAAGCCUUCUGGACACAACCAAAGAGGUUUCUGAGGGCUUUGCACGCUUGGAAUCCAGUGUCAAUGAGAGAUUUGAUUCCAUCCAGAGCUGCGUCCAGCAACUGGCAGAGUACCGCUCUCGCUCUGGCUCCCUCCUCAGGUGGCUGCAGACAGCACAAGAACAACUUCCUGCCAAAGAGCCCAAUCUAAGCACAGAAAGCCUGGAGAGAAGAGCACAGCAGCUUAAAGAUCUACUCACAGAAUGGGAGACCCAAGGAAGCCAAGUUCAGGAGUUGAACAAGACCAGUUCUCAACUUGAGAAUUUGAUUAUUAACAUCACAUCCCCCAAGAACAAAGCUGGUGUUUCCCAGCUCAAUGGUGCUACCAGCCCAAACAGUGUUAAUGGCAUUCACACCUCUAAAGACUUGACUGAGAUCCAGGUGGCAGUGGCAGAUGUGAACUGCAAGUAUGAGCAGCUGGGCAGUGACCUGAGGGAAAGGAAGGGUAGGCAAGAGGCCUCUCUUGACCUGCGGCAGAAGGCCAGGCGGGGCACUGAGGCUCUCAUCCAGUGGCUGAGCCCCCGUGAACAGAGCCUGGCACAAGGGCAGACCGCCUCACCUUCUCGGCCAGAGGUGGCGCGUGCUCAAGCCCAAGAAACUAAGGUUUUGCUUUCUGAACUUGCCGAGCACUCUGGGAAAGUGGAGGAUCUGAAGAACAUUCUCAAGCAGCUAAUAACAACUAAUCCAGACUCUCCUGAAGCUGAGACAUGGAAACGUCAGCUUGAAGACAUAGACUCACGGUGGACAAAGGCCAAUCAGACUGCAGCACAGAAGCAGACUGAACUGGAGGUGUGUGCUGAUAGACUUGGUAGUUUUGCUGCAGCAGCCAGUCAGCUGGGACCAUGGCUACGAGAAAAAGAGCUGAUGAUCAGUGUAUUAGGCCCACUGAGUAUUGACCCCAACAUGCUCAACACACAGAAACAGCAAGUGCAGUUCAUGCUACGUGAGUUUGAGACUCGGCAACCCCAGUUUAAUCAGCUGACUCGGGCAGCAGAGGGAAUCCUCUCCCCGACUGGAGACGAGGGUUCUAGAGAUGGACAGGACUUAGAGGAGGUGAGGCAGGAGCUGGCAGACAUUUCACAGCAGUGGGAAGACCUCACCUCUCGUCUCACCGGCCGCUCACAGCAGAUCGACCAGGCGCAGGGAACCAGCGAGCGCUACCUGGCCCUGCUCAGGGAGCUGUCUCAGAGCGUGGCUGAUCUAGGUGAGAGGCUGGAUGCGCAGGCCUCUCUAAGCGCUCAGCCUGAAGCCCUGCGCCGUAGGCUUCGGGAAACUGGAGAGAUCCGUGCUGAGCUGGAACAGAGACGGGGUCAACUGGCCCAGGCUGAGCAGCUGUGUUUGGAGCUCAGCACAAUUGUGGCCGAACCAUAUCUCAGAGAUGAGUUGCACAAGAGAUUGGAGAGUGUGAGCGGGCCACUCAAAAGCUUAGAAGAACGGGCAGCUGAUGGCUUGUCCCAGCUGCAGGCUGCCCUGUCCAGCACUCAGCAGUUCCAGCAGAUGUUUGACGAGCUCCGUGGCUGGUUGGACGAGCAGGCUGGGAAUCACACAGCUGGGGUUUCUGACGCCCUUCCUUGCCAACCUGAUGCUCUAAAGACCCUUCUGGCCCAACAAGAGGAUCUCCAGCGAGCCAUAGCACAACAACGUGGCUCCUAUGAGCUCAUCCAGGCUGAGGGGACAUCUUUGCUAGCAUCCCUCCCUGCCGGAGAUGAGCGAUUAGCCCUACAGACUCAAUUAAACACCAUAAGGGGAGACUGGGAGGGCAUGAACCAACAAACCUCUAAUAAACAUGGUCGAAUAAAAGAGACACUGUCCCGUGCUGAGCUGUACCAACAACAUCGCAAUGAGCUUGCACCUUGGGUUGCAGAAUGUGAGGGAAGGGAGGCAGAGAUCCACCCAUCACUGGAUCCCUCCGCCUUAGACGAGGCUUUGCAAAAGGCUAGACAGUUGAGCCUAGACUUGGAUCGUCGUCGCCGCCUCUUAGAUUCUCUGAACAAGGCAGCAGAUCAGCUGCUGGAGCAGAGCUGUACUGGUGAAGAGGAAGUGAUGGAUGAAAAAGCCCAGCUUAAUCGCAGGAUAGAUGGUCUUUCUGAGCGACUACAGGGACGCACGGCUCAGUUAGAAGAGCUGGGAAGCAGACUGAAGGAGUUUGAAAAUGGGAGACUGGCUGUGGAGAGAAGACUUGAGGCAGCCAGGCAUCAGAUCGAGGUUCAGGAGGCGCUUGGGCCGCAAGCUUGUAGCAACAAAAACCUGGAGCGUCUUCGUAGCCAACAAGAACUCUUAAACUCUAUACAGCCACAGGUGGUAUACCUGCAAAAUCUGGCUCAGGGGCUGCUGCAGGAUGCGCCCGAGAUCUCCAGGGCCGGCGAAGAUGGUGGCCAGAGGCUUUUGCAGCAAGCUCGUGAUACAGAAAAAGAGUUUGAAGACGUUACUGAGAAGACAGAGCAAUGCUGCUUAUCCUUGGAGUCCCGGUUGCAAGGUGUGGGAGAAGUCCAGUCACGUGUUCGAGAUGUUUUCUCCCGCCUGGCUGAUUUGGACGACGAGUUGGACAGCCUUAGCCCUGUGGGACGAGAUACUGACUCCUUGGCCUCACAGGCUGAUGCUGUUAGGGGCUUCCUGAGUCGACUCGGUGCCCUCCGUGCCGAGUUAGAGAGUCAUGGUGGAGAAUGCACAACUAUGCUGCGUAGAGAGGGAAGCUCUCCUGAUCUUCUGGCCCUCAGGAGAGAGACUGAAGCACUAAGCAGACAGGCAGGCAAGCUGGCAGAGCGGGGCCAGAACCGCCUGGCACUCAUAGAAGCCGCAGAAGAGCGAAUGAAGGAGUUCUACGCCCGUCUAGCUGACCUACAAGGGUUGCUGGGACGGGCAGAGGAUGUGCUGAACACACAGGCCGUCGUGGGGACAGAAGUGGAGGUCAUCAAACAGCAGCUUCAGGAAUUCAAGGCCGUAGAAAGGGAGCAGAUAGACAGCAUUCAGCCUAAACUGCAACAUGUCAACGCUGUGGGUCAAGGUCUUAUCCAGAGUGCAGCCAAACACACUGACACUCAGGGCCUGGAACAUGACUUGGAGACCACAAACCUGCGCUGGAACUCCCUCAACAAGAGGGUUGCUGAAAGAAUCGCACAGCUGCAGGAGGCCCUGUUGCAUUGUGGGAAGUUCCAAGAUGCUCUAGAACCACUCUUGAGCUGGCUUAGUGACACAGAGGAGCUCAUAGCCAAUCAAAAACCUCCGUCUGCUGAGUACCGUGUGGUCAAGGCACAAAUUCAGGAGCAGAAGCUGCUGCAAUGGUUACUGGAUGACCGCCUUGGGACGGUAGAAAUGAUCAGGGCAGAAGGAGAGCGAAUCGCUGCUACGGCUGAGACACAAGACAGAGACAAAAUCCAGAAACAACUUAAGAGCCUAGGAGAAAGAUGGACAAAUCUGCUGGAAAAGGCCAGUGCCAGGCAGCGGCAGCUAGAGGAGCUGCAGGUGUUAGCGCAGCAGUUCCACGAGGCAGUGGAGCCACUUGGUGAGUGGUUGAGUGCAACAGAGAGACGCCUGAGCUCCGCUGAGCCAAUGGGAACCCAGACCUCCAAAAUCACACAACAGAUUGUAAGGCACAAGGCUCUCCAAGAGGAAGUAUCCUCUCGGGAGAAUGAUGUAAACCAUCUUGAGACCCUCAGUCAAUCACUGCACCUGCUCAGCUGUGUGGCUGAUCGUGAUUUGCUGGGUGAACGUGUGGCGGCAGUGCGCAACGGGCACACAGAGCUACAUGAUUGGUGCAGUCGGAGAGAGGCCAUGCUGGAGCAGGCUCUGUUCAAUGCACAGCUAUUUGGAGAAGAAGAAGUGGAAGUCCUUAACUGGCUAGCUGAGGUGGCACAGAGACUGGCUGAGGUCUCAGUGCAGAGUUAUCAGCCGGAGCUACUAGAGCAGCAACACAAACACACACUGGCUCUUAAUGAAGAGAUUAUCAGUAGGAAGAAGACAGUGGACCAAGCCAUUAAGAAUGGACAGGCUCUGCUUAAGCAAACUACUGGUGAGGAGGUACUGUUGAUUCAAGAAAAGCUAGAUGGCAUCAAAAGCCGCUAUGCAGAAAUGACAUCAGGCAGCAGCAAGGCCCUCCGUACUCUCGAACAGGCCCUUCAGUUGGCCACGCGAUUUGCUAGCUCGCACAAUGACAUCAGCCAGUGGUUGGAUAGCGUGGAGGCGGAGCUUAACAUUGACCCAGACACAACACCAGCCUAUCAGGACAGACAGAGGGAGCUGAAGUGCGUGUCUGCUGAGAAGAGGUUAGUUCUGGACACAGUGAAUGAGGUAGGCAGUGCUUUACUGGAUCUGGUGCCCUGGCGUGCACGGGAAGGCCUGGACCGCCUGGUCGCCGAUGCCAAUCAGCGCUACCGCCAAGCAGAUGAGACCAUCACACAGAGAGUGCAGUUAGUGCAGGCUGCCAUCCAAAGGUCACAGCAGUAUGAGGAGGCAGUUGAUGCAGAGCUGACCUGGGUCGGAGAGACAGAGAGGAAGCUUGCAUCUCUAGGACCUCUGAGUCUGGAGCCUGAUGUGACUGUGGCACAGCUCCAGGUGCAGAGGGCCUUUAACAUUGAUAUCAUCCGUCACAAAGAUACUGUGGACCAACUCCUUAAGACACGAGAGGAUAUCCUGGAGAGCUGCAGUGAACAGCAGAGAGAGGCUCUGAAGGUGAAGACAGACUCUUUAAGUGCUCGUUAUGAAGCAGUAAAUCAGAGUCAUGCUGAGCGCUUCUCAGCUCUAGAGCAGGCUCAGGUCCUGGUAGCACGGUUCUGGGAGACGUAUGAGGAACUUGAACCCUGGCUGGGUGAGACCGAGACUCUGAUUACCCAGCAACCCCCUCCCGCCAUUGACACAGAAGCGCUCCGACAACAGCAAGACCAGAUGAGGCUUUUGAGAGAGUCCAUCGCUGAGCACAAGCCUCACAUUGAUAAACUGCUAAAGAUCGGUCCACAGCUGGCAGAACUCAGUGCCCAGGAAGGGGCAACGUUGAGACAACGUUAUAAUGAAGCAGAGAGGCGUUACCUCAACAUCAAAGAGGAGGUCAAAAGUCGAGCCACGGUGCUGGAUGAAGCAGUGUCACAGUCUGUCCAGUUCCACGAUAAGAUGGACCCUCUUUUGGAGACUCUGGAAGGAGCAGUUCAACGCUUGCGGCAGCCACCUCCAGUGGCGGCUGAGGUGGAGAAGAUCCGGGAACAACUUGCGGAGCAUCGGUCUACAGGACUAGAGCUGGACAAACUCCUUCCAUCUUUCAGCGCCCUGUGUGCCCGAGGAGAAGAGCUCAUCGGUCGCGCCCCACAUGACGAUCCUGCCGCCCAGGCUGUGCAUUCGCGACUCUUACGACUGCGUUCUCUGUGGGAUGAGAUCAGGCAGAGGGCAGAGGAAAGAGAAGGAAAGCUUCAGGAUGUUCUAGAUCUCUCCGGGAAGUUCUGGGCUGAUAUGGCCGCUCUGCUUAGCACACUUCGUGACUCUCAGGAUAUUGUGAAAGAUCUGGAGGACCCAGGGGUGGAUCCUUCACUUAUAAAACAACAAAUAGAGGCAGCCGAGGCCAUUAAGCAAGAGACAGAUGGGCUGAGGGAAGAACUGGAGAUCGUACGAACACUUGGAGCUGACCUUAUCUUUGCCUGCGGAGAGACUGAGAAACCAGAGGUCAAGAAGACCAUCGAUGAGAUGAAUGCAGCCUGGGAAAGCUUGAACCGCACAUGGAGAGAGAGAAUGGAGAGGCUGGAAGAGGCCAUGACUGCCUCUGUACAGUACCAGGAUGCUCUUCAGGGCAUGUUUGACUACUUGGACAAUGCUGUCAUCAAAUUGUGUGAGAUGCCAGCUGUAGGGACAGACCUCAGCACUGUUAAACAACAGAUCGAGGAGCUCAAGCAAUAUAAAGUAGAAGUUUACCAGCAGCAGAUUGACAUGGAGAAGCUUUGCCACCAAGGAGAGCUGCUGCUCAGAAAAGUGAAUGACCAAACAGACCGAGACAUGAUUCAGGAGCCUCUCACUGAGCUCCGCCACCUGUGGGAUAACCUGGUGGACAAAAUCACAAUCAGACAGCACAAACUGGAGGGUGCACUGUUGGCCCUAGGCCAGUUCCAGCAUGCUCUCUCUGAGCUGCAGUCCUGGCUCAGUCACACUCAAGCCACACUGGACACCCAGCGACCCAUCAGCUCUGACCCCAAGGCCAUCGAAAUUGAGCUGGCUAAGCAUCAUGUUUUAAGAAACGACGUGCUGUCCCAUCGGGCUACAGUGGAGACGGUGAACAGCGCAGGCUCUGAGCUGCUAGAGUCCAGUCCUGGAGAUGAAAUCAACCACCUGAGAGACCAGCUGGAUGAGCUCAACCGCAGCUGGAAGAACCUUCUUUUGAAGACUGAUGAGAGGCAGGAGCUUUUGGAAGCUGCCCUGCAACAGGCGGAGGGUUUCCAUGGAGAGUUGGAAGAGUUUCUGCUGUGGCUCAGACGCACAGAGAGUCAGCUGUCCGCUGCCAAACCCACAGGUGGCCUGCCUGAGACCGCCAGAGAGCAGCUGCAGCAACACAUGGAGCUUGAGGCUCAGUUGACCCAGAGGAGUGAGCAGUACCAUCGACUACUGGAUCAGGGAGAGUCCAUUCUGCUGGCCAGAGGAGGAGAGGAUGCUGGACCUGGUACCACCCAGACCCAGCAAAACAUGGCCAUGCUACAGAACAAGUGGGCCAGUCUCAAUACCAAAAUGGAUGACAGAAGGGAUAAACUGGAGGAAGCGGUCUCGUUGGCGACAGGGUUCCAGACCUCCCUACAGGACACCAUAAACUGGCUGACACAGGCAGAGCAGACUCUCAACAUGGCUCAGCCACCCAGCCUCAUUCUCGACACCGUCCUAUUCCAGAUAGAUGAGCACAAGGUGUUUGUGAAUGAGGUGAACACUCACAGAGAGCAGGUUCUGGCUCUGGAGAAAGCUGGCUCUCAGCUGCGGUUUGCCAGUCUCAAACAGGAUGUGGUUCUUAUCAAGAACCUGCUGCUCAGUGUACAGGCCCGCUGGGACAAACUGGUGCAGAGAUCACUAGACCGAGGACGUCACCUGGAUGAGGCCCGCAAGAGAGCCAAACAGUUUCAUGAGGCCUGGAGGAAAUUGACAGACUGGUUAGAGGAAGCAGAGAGCAGACUGGACUCUGAGCUGGAAAUCUCUAAUGAGCCUGACAAGAUUAAAAUCCAGCUGGCCAAACAUAAGGAGUUCCAGAAGUCUCUUGGCUCCAAGCAGCCAGUGUAUGACACCACAGUGCGCUCUGGGAAGGCCAUGAGAGACAAGGCAACACUGCCAGCAGACACGCAAAAACUGGACAACUUGUUGGGUGAGGUCCGUGACAAAUGGGACACUGUUUGUGGAAAGAGCGUGGAGAGACAACACAAGUUGGAGGAAGCCCUCUUGUUCUCAGGUCAGUUUGCUGAGGCUCUCCAGGCACUUGUUGACUGGCUGUAUCGUGUUGAACCUCAGCUUGCAGAGGACCAGCCUGUCCAUGGAGAUCUGGAUCUUGUUUCCAACCUAAUGGACUCACAUAAGGUCUUUCAGAAAGAGCUGGGGAAAAGGACCAGUAGUGUACAGGCUCUAAAGCGGUCUGCCCGAGAGCUGAUGGACACGGGCCGGGACGACACUGCCUGGGUCAAAGUUCAACUGCAGGAGCUUAGCAACCGCUGGGAAACAAUCUGUGCCCUGUCUGUUUCAAAACAGACUCGCCUCCAGCAGGCCCUCAAACAGGCAGAGGAGUUCCGCACAGCUGUUCAGAUGUUACUGGAGUGGCUUUCGGAGGCGGAGCAAACAUUGCGUUUCCGGGGCGUCCUGCCAGAGGAGGCAGAGACCCUGCAGGCACUACUGCACACACACCGGGAAUUCAUGCAGACGGUGGAGGAGAAGAGAGUGGAUGUCAAUAAAGCUGCUGGCAUGGGUGAAGCCAUCCUAGCUGUGUGCCACCCAGACUGCAUCACAACCAUCAAACACUGGAUCACCAUCAUCAGAGCUCGCUUUGAAGAGGUGCUGACAUGGGCCAAACAGCACGAGCAGCGCUUGGAGACGGCCCUGACUGAAUUGCUCAACAAUGCUACACUACUGGAGGAGCUGUUGUCAUGGCUACAGUGGGCGGAGACCACACUGGUGCAGCGUGAUACUGAACCACUCCCCCAGGACAUUACUCAGCUGAAGACAUUGAUUACAGAGCAUCAGGUGUUUAUGGAAGAAAUGACGCGAAAACAGCCUGAUGUUGACAAAGUGACAAAGACAUACAAGAGGAAACCAGCAGAACAUCCCAGCAGCCUGUCAGACAGGAGAGCGGCCCGAAAACACCAGCAGCAGCAGCAACAACAGCACUCAGUACAGGUAACUGGUGGUAACCCUCGCCUCACCCAGCUCUGCUCCCACUGGCAACAAGUCUGGCUGCUCGCCCUCGAUCGCCAACGCAAGCUGAACGAUGCUCUCGACAGACUAGAGGAGCUUAAAGAGUUUGCCAACUUUGACUUUGAUGUGUGGAGGAAGAAAUACAUGCGCUGGAUGAACCACAAGAAGUCUCGAGUCAUGGACUUCUUCAGACGCAUCGACAAGGACCAGGAUGGAAAGAUCACUCGCCAAGAGUUUAUCGACGGGAUCUUGGCAUCAAAGUUCCCUACCAGCAGGCUGGAGAUGACUGCUGUUGCUGAUAUCUUUGACCGUGAUUGUGAUGGUUACAUCGACUACUAUGAAUUUGUGGCUGCUUUGCACCCUAACAAAGAUGCUUACAGACCCACAACAGACGCUGAUAAGAUCGAGGAUGAGGUGACCAGACAAGUGGCCCAGUGCAAGUGUGCCAAGAGGUUUCAAGUGGAACAGAUUGGAGAGAACAAGUACAGGUUCUUCCUUGGGAAUCAGUUCGGAGACUCACAGCAGCUGCGUCUUGUACGAAUCCUGCGCAGUACCGUCAUGGUUCGAGUUGGAGGAGGGUGGAUGGCGCUGGAUGAAUUCCUGGUGAAGAACGACCCUUGUCGAGUGCAACAUCCAGGACUUAAAAUCCUCCGUUCUGCCUCCAGCAGCUCCAUAUCAUCUCACAUAGCUCGUGGACGUACCAACCUGGAGCUUCGAGAAAAGUUCAUUCUUCCAGAGGGUCUGUCGGCCUUCCGGUCCCGGGGGCGGCGAUCCAAACCUUCGUCACGCACGGCUUCACCCACCCGUUCAUCUUCAUCUGCAUCACACAGUGCCCACAGCUGCGCCUCUCUACCCUCCGCACCUGCAACGCCCACGGCCUCCUCAAGGUCCUCCCAAUCCCAAUCUCGUGGCUAUGCCAAGCCCUGGCUGGCACACAGUAAAACUCCAACACCAACCAAGUGCCAGUCCUGCCCAGAGCACAGCCAGACCCCUGGGCAUGAGGGAGGCUCCACAUCUAAGCUGAAAAGACCAACUUUCCAUUCCAGCCGUGGCUCCUUAACUGGUGAGAACGGUGGAACACCAGCCGCUGCUAAACCUGGACGCACCGACACCAAACGCACUCCGUCCUCGACGAGCGGCCCAGCCAGUCGAGCGGGGAGUCGUGCCAGCAGCCGAAGGGGCAGCGAUGCUUCAGACACGUCUGAGCUCAUGGAGACACGCUCUGCUUGCUCCGACACCUCAGACACCCCUCGCCGGUCCGGGGCCAAACCCUCCAAAAUACCCACCAUCUCCAAGAAGACCCCCAGCCCCAAAACACCAGUGGCCAAGAAAUGAAGUCGCCGACUUAUGAGUCUAUGUGACUGACUCUGAACCAGCAGGAGGAGAUCACCAACACCUUCCUCUCUCAGACGAGACAUCUCUAACACUGCUACACAACCCAGAUCAAUACCUACCAUAAUGCUGCCUUAUUUGUGUUCUACAUCAUGUCCUUAAUUUGACUGACAUUUCGUUUUCUUGAAUGUGUGAGCAGACAUAUCUACACAGACACUCAGGAGAGACGUCACUUCUGCAGCAAGGGUUGCCACUAUUCUUCACUAUGAAUUUGCUGCCGCCCGUCACUCUCUAAACCUCAUGCAUGGUUGUCACUUUGGUUGGACAAACUCGCCCUUUUCACUGGUAUGCAGACCAGUCUCACCUGGGUGUCUGUGCCACCGCAAACAAGAGGAAAUCAAUUAAAAUCAGAGACGUUUUCCUCCUGGACACUUGGGACUUUUUGGACUCUUGUUCGUAUGUAUGUGUGUAUGAAUGUGUGGUUGUUCCUGUCAUGGUAAAUUAUUGCAGUAAUACAGAGAGGAAGUGGAGGAGGAUACAUAUCUCUAGCCUUUCCACGGCGUGAAGACUCCUAUAGCGCACAGCACAUGGGUUUCACGCGCUCGCACCGACCGUCUUCUCCGCUGUGUGUCCACGCAGUCUAGUUGUGUCCUUUUGUUAAAGACAUCAUGUUACAGAGCUUUUCCACAGGAUGCAACGAUGAUUACAAUUGUGAAUGUUUGUUUCAUGGUUAAUUAAUAAUCCUGUCAUUUUGUUUCUUUUUUAGAAUAAAGAGCUGUAUUUAUUUGUGAUUGCAAACGAGUUAUAUCAACUCUUAAGAAUGACUAGUAUUAACACAACAGGAAUCGCUCUUGGUUUUGUUUUUGUACAUCUGCUCCUGACGUAAUGAAUUUCUCGGACUGAUCGUUUCUGAUGUUAUAACUGACCAGGAAGCUUACUGAUUCCAGUGGUGGCCUUUUUGCCGGUGACUACACACUUUAGAUGCCGUCAUCAGUGGCUUCCUUGUUGUUCUUUCGUGACGGAAGCACCCUAAAUAAUGAAUGAUGGGGGCGGCUCACGUAGCCCCCGUUAAAAACAGCGCUUUGAAUCUUGUCUCUGACAAGCUGAAGUAUAUGAAUACCUGAAGAAAGGUGAUUUUUAUUUAUUUAUUGUGUCAUUUGGAGGGAGGUGAGGGCUGUGAAAGGAUCCACCUUUUGAUUGUGUUACUCUUUUGACAUGACUGAGAGAAACAGCAGUGCAAUUGUGUAAAAGUAAAGAAGUUAUGAUUAUAAAUCAUUUUGGUUUUCUUUUGUAUUAAAACAAUGCUUGCAGUAAAA